AUGGCACUGUCAUUUUCUGGAAUCUACAGUCAGUACAUUGGAAUGCAUGAUAUGCAGUGGUUCAAACCAAGUAGGGAAGAGGCUAGGAGAACUUGCCCUGAUCGUAUUGUACCAAUAGCUGAGAGAUUUGGCAUGGAUCCUGGUGCAGUCCUAGAUAAAAUCAUUUAUGCCCGUGCCCAUACUUAUGAGCAUCAAUACAACUUGCUUCUAGGUUUGGCUGCCACAAUGUCUGAAGAACCAUUUAAAUUAUUGGUAAUGGAUUCAGUGAUUGCUCUGUUUCAAGUGGAGUUUACUAGAAGGGGAGAACUUGCAGAGCGCCAGCAAAAAUUGGCACAAAUGCUCUCUCGAUUACUUAAGAUAGCUGAGGAAUUUAAUGUGGCAGUGUACAUGGACUGCAGCUGCUGUAUGCACUACACCAAAUAG